AUGGGCGGAAUCGGCAAGACAACUCUCGCCCAAAAGGUACCUGGGGACUGCUUCGUCCGCCGCCAUUUUGUUUGCUUUGCUUGGGCUACGGUGGGGAAGGACUUCGGCACCAGAAAAAUUUUGGAAGAUUUGCUGCUGCAAUAUGUCUACCGAGCCAGGGAUGACAUGGCCCUAUUUUCAGACUUGGACUUGGCUCAGAAGCUUUACCAGUUCCUGCAGUCCAAGAGAUUCUUGAUUGUUUUGGAUGAUGUCUGCUUUGCCGAUGCUUGGGAGUGCCUCCGCAUUGCACUUCCGUCUCGAGAACCAACUGCCAGUAGAGCGCAGCUCACCACUCGGGAUGACAGAGUUGCGAACAAUAUAGCUUCGUCAUUAGCCGACGACAAAGGAAUCGUUCAGCGGAUGAGGUUUCUUAACCCAGAUGAAGGCUGA